CUGUCGGACUGCUGGAGGCGGCCACAGCGCCAUGUUGAACGAAAUCUCACUCCACAGUGAAAAGGGGCUCAUAAAAUAGCAUUCGGGGAAAACGCUUCUAUCCCGUUUUCAUAGAGGAAACCGCCAAGACUACCCUGGCAAAGGGAAACGAACUGGAUCCUCGGGAACCCCGGCCGGGGAGGGGGAACAGCCCCCUACCAUCCGAAAUGAAGAUAAACCACAAUAAUCGCUAGCUAGCUAGCAUUGCUCGCUAAACUAUAGCUAAGCUAGUUUUCAAGGCUUUUCUACCCCAUUUAGCCACCGGCAACCUGCUUGUACAAGAAAAGGCCCGGCAUUGGCGCAACUCGCUAGCUAGUUUUUAUGCGUAUUAUUUUUUAACUAGACAAGUAACUAGUUAGCUAUUUAUUACUGUAUAUAUUUUAUUUUGCAACGUUUUGCAAUGAGUUUGCCGCCGAAAGCGGUACCGAAAUCAGCUGCUGCUGUAGGAAGUGGACCUGGAACCGGGCCGUCUCCCUCGAGUCAGCUGCGGGCUACCCUGACCACCGUACCGCUCACAGGGCCCCCAGUCGCUCAGCAGCCGCCUGCAGUACCACCGACGCAAGUUUUCCUUAAUGCGUUGCACCCUAGGAUCCCAAGAGUUCAGCCACCGCUAGACGACAGAAUCUUCCCCACACAGCCAGGAGUCGCUGCCGUGUACAGCGUUCAGAGACCUCCCGGUCCCCCUUACUCUGCCCACGACCUUGGCAAGGGCCACCCGAGCUUGGCGCCCACGCCCCCGGGUCACGCCUCGUCGCCGGGCCUCUCUCAGGUAUCAGUUUCCACCGUAUCCACUGCGCAUCCACAGCACCCGCAGCUCUAUGGCCACCCCAAGGCUUGGGAGGCAGGCGGAGGGUCUCCGUACAGCUCUGGGCAGAAUGCAGGCACCACCCAGCUGGUGUACUCCCCGCCAACGCAGCCAAUGAACGCACAGCCUCAGAGCCGCCCGUUUGCACCGGGGCCUCGUCCUACCCACCACCAGGGAGGAUUCAGGCCCAUUCAGUUUUUCCAGAGGACCCAGAUGCAAACGACGCGGCCCACCAUUCCAAGCAACAACCCCUCCAUCCGGCCGGCAUCCCAGACCCCCACGGCAGCCGUCUACCCCGCCAACCAGCCCAUCAUGAUGACCAUGACCAUGCCCUUCCCUUCCCCACAGACACACCAGUACUACAUCCCACAGUACCGGCCUGGCGGACCCUACGUGGCUCCUCCGCAGCAGUACUCUGUGCAGCCGCAGGGCCCCAGUACCUACCCUGUCUACCCUGGGCCCAGUCCAGGGGAGUUCCCGACGCCAUAUGCGAGUCCUAGUCCAUAUUACACCGGUCAGCCGGUCUACACACCCUCACAGCCCAUCAUAGUGCCUACACCACAGCAACCUCCACCUGCCAAGAGGGAGAAGAAACCAAUCCGUAUCCGAGACCCCAACCAGGGAGGCAAGGACAUCACGGAGGAGAUCAUGUCCGGGGUCGUGGGGAGCCGCAACCCCACCCCACCUGUCGGCAGGCCUUCCUCCACCCCCACACCUCCACAGCAGCUGAGUGGCAGCAGCAGCGGCAGCAACCAGGCUGCAGAGCCUCACCACCACCACCACCACCACCAACACCACCACCAACAGCAGCAGCAACAACAACAGCAACAACAACAACAUCCCCACCACCAACACCAACACCACCACCAACAGCACCACCACCACGGGCCGGUCAUGUAUAACGUGGACGCCUCCUCCUCCGCUUCCUCCAACACGUCCUCUUUGUCCUCCUCCUCUUCCGCUGCGUUGUCCUCCGCCGCCACGUCCACUACCACCGCCACUACCGGCCCCGCUGCUGCUGCCGCCUCCGCCGCGCACAGCCACAGCCCCCAUCCCCCCGUCGACUUGAAACCAGAUGACAAGCCAAAACUGGAGGCUGUGGCGCUGAAGUCUUCGUCCCCUGGCCUGCGACCGCCCGACCCCCCCGCCUCAGAGCGAAGCGGCCCUGUCCCCCCUCACGAACCCUCCACAGUCUCCUCCUCUUCCUCCUCCUCAUCUUCCUCCGCUUCCUCCUUAUCCACAUCUGUGUUGUCCACCUCCUCCUCAACCCCACCCUCUUCUUUGUCCGACAAGGCAGAGCUUCGUGCCUGCAGCCCGGAAGCAGCACCUCCCUCUACCUCCCCUUCAUCCUCCUCUUCCUCUUCCUCCUCCAUCACCACCACCACCACCACCACUGCAAGUGCCCCAGCUCACGCAGUCGCGGUUAAGCCAGAGCCUGUAGCUCCAACUCCCCCAGAACCGGCCACAGUAGCGCGGUCUGAGGGGGGGCCGCGACCCAGUGCAGUGACCCUGGGUGCGAGCAUGCCCAGUGCAGUGGUGCCCCCUGUUUUGAGGGCCUCCCCCAGCCCUGCCGAGUCCCCGGCCCCCAGCAUCAGCCCUGCUGUGUCCCCAGCCCCAAAAGCUGUCAACGGGCUCUCCGCUGAGGCUGACGCUCCUCCUGUGAUCACCUCCACCAACAACACCACCGCCACCGUCAUCACCGCUGCUGGUCUGCCGUCUCCAUCUGUCUCCCCGCUCCUCUGCAACAGCUCCAGCCCCAGUCCACUGCUUUCAGAUGCUCCUCAGAUGCCUCCAAGCGUCGGCGCCGGCCUGACUCCUCUGGCCCCGCUGGCUGACUCCUCCAGGGGCCCGAGGGAGGCCCUCUCCUCCUCCUCCACCUCCCCCUCCCCUGUGGCCCAGGCCAGGCAGAGCCCCGAGUUGCUGGCUGCUGCUGCCACUGCUGCUGGCGGUGCUGCUGCAGAGCCGGCUGGACCUGCAGCUCCUGCCUCCUCCUCCUCCUCCUCCCCAACCCCCUCCAUUACAAACACCUCCACCUCCACCUCCACCACCUCCUCUGCUGCUACUGGACCCGUUUCUGGAUCUGGAUCUGGAUCUCUCUCUGGACCUCUUACUAAUAUUACUGCUGCUGCUGUUGUUGGUGCUGGCGCUGGUGCUGGUUCUGGUCCGAUAACUGUAGGGCCAGUAUCUCUGCCUCCUCCAGGCUUACAGCACCCUCCAGGCUUGCCUGUGCCCCAGGCAGUGGUGGCGGCUCAGGCUCAAGCCCAGGCCACGAGGCCCACAGAGGGGCCAGAGGCGCCACAGGCUGGUAGGGAAGCGGAGGUUGUGGAGGAGGAGAAAGCAGUGACGGAGCAGCAGCAGAUGUCCAGAAAAAAUACAAGUCAAGCUACACUUAGUGCACCAAAGACCUGGAAGAAGCCAAAAGAGGAGCCUUCUGCGGGACCUGUCCUGAGUGCGGACAGAGAGGAGGCUGUUGCAGAGGGUGUGUGUGCCGGGGCCACUGUGGAGAAACGGGCCAGUCCCAGUCCGCCUCCCAUGGAGGCAAACGCUGAGGCCCAGGACAAGAAGCAGUCCACAGCACCGCCGUCUUCAUCAUCAUCCUCAGCAUCAUCCUCAGCAUCAUCGUCAUUCCCGGUGGUGGCAUCGUCAGCUUCGGCGGCAGCAGGGACAGCAGCAGUGAGGUCAGCCACUACUACGCCACCUGCAGCUGUGGAGGAGAAUGGCGAGCAGGAGGUGGAGCCUAUGAGGAACGGGGCGGAGCACGCCUCAGAGACGGACAGCAGCGACAGCGGCCUCACGCCUGGGGCCAGGGACGCCGGUACAGACUCGCAACCACAGCCAGAUGAAGACGGCAAAAAGAAGCAAUAUGACCGGGACUUCCUCUUGGGCUUCCAGUUCAUGCCGGCCUGUGUGCAGAAGCCAGACGGCCUGCCACCCAUCUCCGACGUGGUCCUGGACAAGGUUAACCAGAACAAGCUUCCGCUUCCGCGGCCCGUGGACUCACGCACCAUCUCACGAGGGCCGGACUUCACCCCAGCCUUUGCUGACUUCGGCAGGCAGAUGCAAGGAGGCAGAGGAGCCCCGCUGCUGAAUGUGGGUGGUAUUCGGCGUCCGCCGCCACGUAAGAUCAUCACGUUGAACGUGUCCCACAAUGAGGAGGUGCAACUGAAGAAGGCCGAGAACGCCUGGAAGCCUGGCCUGAAGAGGGAGAGCCCUGCAGACGACCCUGACGUAUCCAAGACUCAGGAGUUGUUCCGUAAGGUGCGCAGCAUCCUGAACAAGCUGACGCCGCAGAUGUUCAACCAGCUGAUGAAGCAGGUGACGGAGCUGACCAUCGACACAGAGGAGCGGCUCAAGGGCGUCAUCGACCUCGUCUUCGAGAAGGCCAUCGACGAGCCCAGCUUCUCCGUGGCCUACGGCAACAUGUGCCGCUGCCUCGCCACGCUGAAAGUGCCAAUGGCAGACAAGCCCAGCAGCACGGUGAACUUCCGCAAGCUGCUGCUGAACCGCUGCCAGAAGGAGUUUGAGCGGGACAAAGUGGACGACGUCGUCUUCGCCGAGAAGCAGCGGGAACUGGAGGCAGCUGCCGUGACCAGCGAGCGCGACCGUCUGCAGGAGGAGCUGGAAGAGGCCAAGGACAAGGCUCGCCGGCGCUCCAUCGGCAACAUCAAGUUCAUCGGCGAGCUCUUCAAGCUCAAGAUGCUGACGGAGGCCAUCAUGCACGACUGCGUGGUCAAGCUGCUCAAGAACCACGACGAGGAGAGCCUGGAGUGCCUCUGCCGCCUGCUCACCACCAUCGGCAAGGAUCUGGACUUCGAGAAGGCCAAGCCCCGGAUGGAUCAGUAUUUCACUCAGAUGGAGAAGAUCGUCAAAGAGCGGAAGACCUCGUCCCGCAUACGCUUCAUGCUGCAGGAUGUCAUCGACCUCAGACUGCACAACUGGGUAUCUCGGCGAGCGGACUCGGGCCCCAAGACCAUCGAGCAGAUCCACAAGGAGGCCAAGAAGGAGGAGCAGGAGGAGCAGAGGAAGGUGCACCAGCAGCUGCUGUCCAAGAAUGACAACAAGAACAGGAGACCUGUGGUGCAACAAAGAAGAGAAGAACAAAGAGAACAACAACAGAGAGAGGAGACCUGGAACCUGGUGCCGGUGACCAAGAACAGCAGGACGAUAGACCCCAGCAAGAUACCCAAAAUCACAAAGCCCUCCAUGGAUGAUAAGAUCCAGCUGGGGCCCAGGGCAGGAGCUCUGAACUGGAUGAAAGGCAGCAGUGGGGGAGCCGGAGCCAAGGCCACAGAGACACAGGAGGUGUCUCGGAGCAGUGCUAGCACUCUGAAUCGCUAUUCGGCCCUGCAGCCGUCGAGCCAACAGCCCCCCCGCAGCUCUACACCCCCCUCUGACUUCGACUCUAGGAGGAGCCUGAGCAGCCGUGGCAGCUCUGGUCGUGAGCGUAACGAUAAGCCUGCGGCCGCGGUGACGUCUCGCUUCUCCCUGGGCGACAGAGGAGGAGGAGGAGGUGGUGGCGGUGGUAAGGAGGUCUCGGAUGAGCCGGCACAGGAGGACGUCCGUAAGGAGACGCCCGAUGCUCCCAAGACAGCCCCCGCCCCCCAGGACAAGGCCAAGCCUGAACGCAGCCGCUCCAGGGACUCUGUAAAACUUGAAACGCCGGCUCGCAUCUCCCCAGACAAACCUGUGCUGUCAGAGGAGGAGAUGGAGAGGAGGUGCAAGGCCAUCAUUGACGAGUUUCUGCACAUCAAUGACUACAAGGAGGCAGUGCAGUGUGUGGAGGAGCUGGAGCAGGCGUCUGUGCUGGAUGUGUUUGUGCGGGUGGGCGUGGAGUCGACGCUGGAGCGGAGCCAGAUCACCCGAGACCACAUGGGCCAGCUCUUCCACCAGCUAGUGCAGAACGGCACCCUCUCCAAACCUCACUACUUCAAAGGGUUCUCGGACACCCUGGAGCUGGCGGAUGACAUGGCCAUUGACAUUCCCCAUAUAUGGCUGUACCUGGCGGAGCUGAUCAACCCCAUGUUCCGCCCAGGAGGAAUCUCUAUGAGAGAAUUAUUUAGUGAAUUUAGCAAACCUUUACUCCCUGUGGGAAGAGCUUGGAUAUUAUUUUCUGAAAUAUUGCACCUUCUAUGCAAACAAAUGAGCCAUAGGAAAGUGGGGGCCUUAUGGAGGGAAUCAGGACUGAACUGGGCAGAUUACCUCCCCGAAGGCACCGACAUGCACAGCUUUAUUGCUGAGCAGAAACUAGAGUUUACCGUGUCGGAGAGCUCGGACCUCAGCGAAGCCCCCUCGAAGAAGAGCCUCUCGGGAGAGGAGCUGAACCGGCAGCUGGAGAAGCUGCUCCUCGAGGACAUGGCCGGCGACGAACAAAUCUUCGAUUGGGUCGAGGCAAAUCUGGAGGAAGCUGAGAUGAACUCCCAUCACUUCCUUAGAGCUUUAAUGACCGCUGUCUGCAAGGCAGCCGUCAAAUGGGAGAGUUCCGCCUGUAGAGUGGACACAGCCAUCAUCCAAAAGAGGUUGCCUGUAUUACUCAAGUACCUUAACGCAGACACAGAGCGCCAGUUGCAAGCACUUUAUGCACUUCAAGCAUUGAUAGUUAAACUGGACCAGCCUCCAAACUUGCUCCGGAUGUUCUUCGACUGUUUGUAUGACGAGGACGUGAUCUCGGAGGACGCGUUCUACAAGUGGGAGUCGAGCAAAGACCCCGCGGAGCAGCUGGGUAAAGGAGUGGCCCUCAAGUCCGUCACGGCCUUCUUCACCUGGCUACGCGAGGCCGAGGAGGAGUCCGAGGACAACUGACAAAGGGCCAUGGGACAAAAAAAAAACCUGAAAAAAAAUAUGAAAAGAAA